AUUCUUUAGCCGUAGCAUCGCCUUCGUCGAGUGGUGUCAGCCUCUUGCUGGCCCCUGGAGCCGUGUGGUCGGUCGCGGUCUGGGGCCCAGUAGAGGCAGAGGUGACGCUGCUGACUAUGGGCAGGUGCUCAGGUCGAUGCCUGAAGUGGAAGCAGGCGAAGGCUCGCCGCUCCACCAGAUGUGAGAAGAAGGCCCGUAGAUCGGCGGACCUCAGUUCCACGGGAAUGUUACCCACUAGCACGAAACAACACCUUCUAGCUUCUUCCACCAACAUCGUCCGUGAUUUUGUGCUGAUUCAGCACGUACGCACGAAACGCUAGACACGCCCCCAAAUCUGGAGGUGGAUCGCGGAUGAUUUUAGUUGAUAGAUGAGGCAGCAGCAAGGAAUAGGCUGAUAUCUCCCACGCUACUCACUCGAUACACUGCAAUGCUGCACUGAAGACAUGGACUGCUUUCUACCAGCCAGCAAGCUCCGGUGCCUCGUCGCCACGCUCAGCUUCGGCUGCGUGUUUCUUUGGGUACUCUCCGGCCUAUAUCUGGACCGCGGUAUCUCAGACGACUGGUCUGUUAGUCCUGUCGCCCACCCAGCAGCUGCGGUGCGAAGCCAGCCAAGAAAAGAGUCGUUUACUACGUCGCCGCGGCGGCCGGGACACUGGCGCACACUUAUCCUCCACCGCAGACUAUUGUUUGAAGACGGCGGGGAACAACGGGUGGGAAAUACUACCGCCGAUGCCGAAGACGAGCUCCAGACGCCGCAGUUCGAGAGCGGCGAGAGCGGCGGCGGCGAUGCUGAUUACGAUCCGGCCACUGCACAGUGUUCAAAUGUGCACAAGAUCAACAGCACACGCAGGAGAUGCAGGUACAUCAAGACAGUGGACAGCUGUCAGAACGACGGAGGCCUUCUCAACUACCUCCAGUUCAUCUACUGCACCAUUCCCUUUAGACUCAUCCCUCUUGCCAUGGUGGUCUUGUUCUUCUGGCUGAUUUUUCUAUUUAUCUUUCUGGGGGCUACUGCCGAGGAGUAUUUCUGUCCAGCUUUGACUGUCAUAUCCAAGGUCCUUCAUCUUGGACAGAAUGUGGCCAUAUCCUCCCAUAGAAUAUCUUUUGUAGUUGUAGUAGCAAUGUCCACUUCACUAAGUGUAAUGACUCUGAGCAACGUAUAUUGGACACCAAUACAAAAGAAAAUCUCUUUCUUGGUGAGGUGCCCUAGAGUGCAUCAGGGAAACGAAAGGUUCCUCAUUACUGACUCGUCUCCUUUUAGAAAGGCUCCACAAUAGAGCAUAACCUGCACGUUAGAGAGAGGGGGGAGUGUGAAUUGUGGUUGGGUUUAAAGUGUGUUCCUUGACGGAGGCCCACGGUGUGACUCUCCUUGCUCUGGGGAACGGAGCUCCUGACAUCUUCUCUGCCUUUGCUGCCAUCAGUCAGAGUGACGACCACAAGUCCAGUCUCGCCAUUGGAGCCCUGUUUGGUGCCGGGAUAUUUGUCACAACCAUCGUGGUGGGGGGUGUGGCUUUUCUGUCGCCGUUUACACUCACGAAGCGCCCGUUUCUCAGAGACAUUAUCUUCUACACCUUUGCAGUCUACUGGACCUUUUACGUGCUGUGGACUAACACAGUAACCAUCUUUAUGGCUGCGGGUUUUAUAGCACUGUAUGUAUUCUAUGUGGUGGUGGUGAUCGUGGGCAGGAUUUUCUACCAAAAGUGGAAAAGUGUUAGCAAAGCAAGGUCUCGAGGUAGUAAACUUAGCUCUGUGCCAGAACAGCAAAAGGCAAAGGGAGUCAACCCUUCGCCGUUUCUUCUCCCUUCUUCUCCCCUCUCACACGCAAUCACUAGUGGAGAUAACAUGAAGUCUGAUGCAAUUAAACCACUGAUCGAGGACGAGACCCUGGAACUGGAGAAGAGUAAGGACGAUUGUGAGGUGGCACACAGGAAACUGGGGACGACCUUUCAUCACACUGGCAAUCGCAGCCGAGACAACAGCACCGGAUCGGAGGCAGAAGUCUAUCAAGGUGGGUCUCUGCAAGUUACAACUAAUGACGGAGCAUCUGAUGCAAACAAACUGGUACCUCCUCGACCUUCGUCUCGCCCACGACUCUCUCGCCCACGACUCUCUCACCCACACGGGAAGCCACUCCAUGCCAAGAAGGAGAUGCACAAGUCUCUACACGGAGCAAACGGCCCUCUCUUUCCUCAGUUUGGGGCCCUCCUGGCUGGACGUCGGGCAAUAAGCCCCACCCCCAAUCAGGAGCGUGGCUGGAAGUACGCUGCUGCCCACGGUCUCGGGAGGUCAGCGUGGUACGACGAGAGACCUCGUAGUACCACUCCGAGGAAACUUCUCAACAAGACCCUCACAGGUGCUCUGGAUGUGUCGGAGGAGGUGGUUGCUGCAGUUGGGUUACCACACGUCCCAGAGAUACUGCAUGAGAUACAGAAAGUCCAUCCGCCAAGAAAAAGCCCUCUCAUUUCCAGCCACAGGUACCACGGUCACAGCGGAAGUGAAGAGGGAAGCAGACACAGCUCCAUUCUCAACGAAGACGAAGAAGAGGCGGAGGAUGAGACCACGCAGCUCAUCUUGAAAAAACCAAAGAAGCUGAAUCCCUUAAUGCGCUUCCUCCUAGCUUUUUACCCGUUUGGCAAAGACUUUCGGGAACUUGGUUUGAUUGGGAAAAUCUACGAAAUACUAAAGUAUCCUUGUGGGUUUAUCCUGACUCUGACGGUGCCUGUCAUUGACUCUGAGGCAGAGCUCCACAACUGGAACAAGUGGUUGAAUGUCCUACACUGCAUCACAGGACCAGUGACCGUGGCUCUCCUUACUGAAAUUGGUUUCAAGAAGAUAGGAGACGUGUUUCCAGUCUGGGCUCUCAUCCUGUUUCUCGGUGUGGUGGCUGCUCUUCUUGUGGCCUGUACCUCUUGGAGUGAUCGCAGACCUGUCUACCACUGCGUAUUUGCGUGGCUGGGUUUUGCCAUUGCUGUUGUGUGGAUCUAUGCCAUUGCCAACGAAAUUGUCAACCUCUUGCAGGCCUUUGGCAUUGUAGUGAAGUUAUCAGAUGGCAUACUUGGCAUCACUCUACUGGCAUGGGGCAACAGUAUUGGAGAUGCUGUGGCCAAUAUGACAAUGGCACGACAGGGAUUUCCUCGCAUGGCCAUAGGAGCCUGCUACGGAGGACCUCUCCUCAACAUACUAAUUGGUGUGGGGGUUUCCUCGCUCUACAAGUCUAUUAAGAGGAGAAAUGACGGCUUCAAGUUCACAUUGUACUUCACACAGGUAGAGUUUUUUGCAGCUGCGUUCCUCAUUGUAACACUGGCCGUGUCGUUGUUGGUCAUAACAUUCUCGCGAUACCGAAUCUUCAGACCAGUCGCUGUGUGUCUCAUUCUGUUUUACAUCGUUUUCCUCGUAGUUUCUGUUUUAGCUGAAGCCAAGGUACUUCACAUAGAAAUAAGUGGGGUUUUAUCAGAUGGUUAA